AUGUCCGUUACCGUCUACGUUAUCGUCUUAUGGCUCCGCCGAAAGGACUCAGAAGAGAUCGCCAAGGAGCUGAUUGUGCGAGCCAAGGCCAGUCUACGUGGCGCGACGCCCGCUGACGUGGCAGCUGGCGUGGCGCAGCUCUCCGCGGCGGUGGACCGCGCGCCGUGGCUGGCGGGGUCGCUGCAGGAGCUCCGCGCGCGCGCGCUGAUGCGCCUGCAGCGGUACGAGGAGGUGGUGGCGGUGCUGGCGGAAUAUCUACCGGAUCUCUCCACUGUGCACAACGCCAUGCACUACACGGAGGACGAGAACAAGACAGCAACGGACAUGUGGCAGUGCUUGCUACUGGGGCAGGCCACGUACCACCUGGGCUGGCUGGACGAGGCACUCGUGCUGCUCCGACGCGCCAAGAGGCUCAGCCAGGCUGUGGCGCGCAAGGAGAGUGCGAUGAUGGACGAGGACCAGUUCCCUGUCUAUGACGGCUCCCACCCAGCAGCCAUGGCGCCCCUCUCCGCGUCCUCCUCAGCGGGGGAGACCCUCAACCGCCUCAUCCUCGUCAUCCGCUUCCUGCUUUGGCGCCGCUCUGCUGGGGACGCUGCCUUUGCGGCCGGGCUCUACCCUGAAGCUGUUAGGCACUACUCUAAAGUUCUCGAGUCCAAGAAAGGCAUCCCCCAGUCGCUAGCCGCCUCUCUCUUCCUCCGCCGAGCCGCAGCCUUCCAAGCCUCCAGCCGCAUCGCCGAUGCUAUCGCCGACUGCUCCCGAGCCUCAGCCCUGGAGCCUCACCGAGCCGACGCGCUCUGGUGCCGGGCCUGCCUCUACCAGUCCGUCGGCUGCUUCCAGGAAGCUUCCCAGGACCUGGAGCGGCUCCUUUCGUUUUAUCAGGAGCUGCUGGCGUCAGCAGGAGGGGGGCGGGACCUCUGGUUACGGUUACAGAUCAGCUGCGGGUUCUGUGCUGCGUGCUUCUUUGAUGAAGCUGUCAGCGGGGCAGCAGGGGCAGGAUCAGGGGCGGGGGCGGGGGCGGGGGCGGGGGCGGGGGCGGGGGCAAGGGCGGGGGCAGGGGCGCGGAGUGCUGGGGAAGGAGGGGAGCAGGUGGGAGUGGGGGUGGGGAAGAAGGGGGGGAGCGGCAGGUGUACCCUCUGUGGGAGAGUGAGGUCUGCUAGACUGGGCGCAGGAGACACAGGGCUAGUUGCUGCUUUGGAGCUAGGGCUUGGAGGGGAGAAGCGGAAGUUUGUCGGGCGGCAGAGGGGUCUGAGGCGGUGGUUUGCCAAUGCGGUUGUGCACGUUGGGAGGUGGUUGGUGGCGGUGGGGAGGGUGUUGGGAGUGGUGGCGCAGGAGGAGGAGGACGAGGCGGGGUGGUGGCGGGAACAGACGAAUAUGGAAGUUGCUGAGAAGCAUCUCACGUGGGAGCACGUGCGACGGGUGAAAGCUAAGCUAGAGAAAGUGCGGGCGGAGGGAACAGCAGCCGAAGCAGCAGCCGCAGCGGCGGCUGCUGCGGCGGCAGCAGGGGCGGAUGGUCAUGGAGAGGGAGCGGUGGGGGAGGGAGGUGAGGGGAGAGAGGGAGGAAGCGAUGGGAGGGAUGUGGCAGUUAGUCAGCGCAGACUCAUGGACCACGCUCGCAUCUUAGGCCUCUCCACCUCCACUGCCGCGUCUAUAGGCGCUCUCUCCUCCUCCCUCGCCCGCUCACUCUCCCUCACAGGAGGGGCGGGAGGAGGAGGAGGUGAGGGUGGUUCUGGGGGAAUGGGUAGUGCCCCGUCCUCCUUGCCUCAAUCCCCCAGCUAUUCCCAGCAGCAGGAGCAGCGUGAGCAGCGGGAGCAGCAGAGGGAGCAGAGGGAGCAGCAGAGGGAGCAGCAGAGGGAGGCGUUGCGAGAAGGGUUAGCAGCCUCCCUAGCUCUAGCUGCCUAUCGCAUCGCACUCAUCCGUAACUCAGAAGCCCGCGCCCUCACAUUCGUUGAGAAGUGCGCUAUCAGGGACGGGCGGAGCUCUGAAGAAGUGAAAGACGAGGUAAUGCACGAGUGGGGGAGACUGGAUGGCGUGUUGCAGGAGGCUUACGCACAGCUGAUACAGGCUACGGGUGGGAACAAGGACUCUGCUGCUGCCGCCGCUGCCGCUCUGCAGGGGGGUAAAACGGGGGGAGAGAGUGACACUGAGUGGGGGAAGAUGAGGGAGUGGGGGAGGAUGCGGAAGUGGGGGCGGAAGAGGAGGGGAGGGGGAGCGGGAGGGGGGAGGAGGGAGAGUGACAGCGAGAGUGACGCGGAGAGCGAUAGGAGGUUCAGGGGAGGGAGUGGGGAGUGGCUUAGAGGGACAGCCAGUGCAGGUGUGGGUGGGGGAGGAGUGGGAGGAGGAGGGAGUGAGAGUGAUAGUGAUCGUGAGGGAGUGAGUGAGAGUGAGAGGAUUAAUGAGCUGAUUAUGGGGGAGGGAGGGGGGCUUAGAGGGGCGUUGACAGUGGGAGCGGCAGGAGGAGAAGCAGGAGUAGCAGGAGGGGUAGUAGGUGCAGCAUUAGCAGAAGGAGGAGGAGCAGGUGACGUGGCAGGGGGUCCGGGCUCAUUCCCCUCCUUCCCUUCUCUCUCUGAUACGCUGACGUCAGCAGGGCAGAGUGAGGAAGCUUCCUUUGCAACUUCUGAAACGUCAAGCCUCGGGGGUGUGGAGGAGGAAGGGGAGGGAGAGCAGGCGGAGUUUCUGUUGGGAGGUGAGAUGGGGGAGAAAGGAAGGGCAGACAAGGGAAGGACAGAGAGGGUGGGAGAAGCAGGAGGGGAUCAGGAGCAGCAGGGGACGGAAAAUUCGGCAGGAGGAGCAGGAGGGGGUGGUAUGGGCCGUGCAACUUCAUUCUCAUUCUACAAUCCGGUCCCACAUACGCCAGGAGAUUCCACCACUCCAGCUGCUGCUGCCGCUGCAGCUGGCGUUGCAGGUGCUGCUGCGGGGACUUCCAUAGGACACGUAACCCCUGCCUUGUCCCAUUCCUCCUCCUCUUCCUCCUCCCCGCUAACUUCUCUUUCCUCUCUUCCGUCUGCCGGUACUCCUUCCUCUGCUAUCCACACUCCAUCCGGCCCGUCCCCUGCUGCCCCCACCACACUAGAACGGCUGCUGAUUGGUAAGCCUUCCACUCCACCUUCCCGCACGCUUUCUACCAGUGCGGGUGGCAGUGGGGGAGGUGGUAUUGGGAGCAGUUUCUUCGAAGCUGCACAGAAGGGCGCGGGGGCAGGGAUAGGGCUGGGUGUGGGAGCCUUGCAGUCUGUAGGAGCGCUCAAGUUCCGACGGAAAGUGGAUGAGAAAGGGGAGGGGAGGGCAGCAGAGGGACGAGCGGGGGAGGGGCGAGGAGGGGAAGAAGGCGGGAGAGAGGGAGGAGAGGGUGGGAGGGAGGGGCGAGAAGGAAAGGGUAGGCGGGAAGGGAAAGAGGGGAGGGUUCAGAGGGAGGUGGGCGAGGGGAUGGAAGGGGAGGAGGAGGAGGAGAAGAGGAAGAGUGAGAAGAAGGGCGAGAAGAAGCGGCAUGGGAAUGUGUUCAAGAUAGGGGGGUUGCUUGGAGGAGGAGGGAGUGGUGCGGGAAACAGCCUUGGUAGUGGCAAUACGGGUAACAGCAACAACAGCAACAGCACUGGCGGUGCUGGUGACGUGGCUGUAGUCUCCCCAACAGCUGCCACCUCAGCGUCUGUCUUCGCCAUGUCAGCACAGACAUCUGCCUCCUGGGAAGGAUCAGGGCAGGAACCAGGCGUUCAUAGCCCCCACGAAGCUCCUCUUGCUGCCACGUCAGCAGCAUUCGCAGCAGCAGGCGCAGCAGCAGCAGCAGGUUCACAUAUGCAAUCAGGUGAGUCAACUGGGUUAGGAGCUGCUGCACCUUCCCUCUCAGCUGAGCCCGGGGCAGGCUUAACCGGGGAGGGCUCAACUGCUGCUGCAGUAACCAAUCCCGAAAUCUCUCUAAAACCAGGAUUGUUGGCAUUGGCAACCGGGGCAGGGAGGGGAGGGUUCGGGGUAGGGAGUUCGCAUGAGCAAGGGGGGAGGGUUAGAGAGCGGGAGCGGGAUAGCAGCCCUCCCAAGCCCAGCCCCCACAGGGGAAAUAUCUUCUCAGUGCCUGGGAUUAGACUAAGGAAGGACCCGAAUAGAGAGAGGGACAAGGAGAGGGAGAGUGGGGGUAAGGGAGAGGGUGGUCGGGAGGGGGAUGGCUCUAGAGCAGCAGCAGGAGGGGGAGGAGCAGGAGGAGCAGGAGGAGGAGCAGGAGGAGGAGGGGGAGAGUGGAGGGGUGUGGGGGGCGGGGUGGGAGCAGUGGCUUCUUCACCUGGAGGCGGGUUAGAACAGACAAGCGAUGCUACUCUUUGGCUUCCAGUGCCGCCCCACGCCAACCAUUUUGGUGCGGUUACAACCGCCGGUACUCCAGGUGCUUCGCCAGGUGGUUUCUCAGGUGAAUUCAACGCGAUCAUGUCCCCGACCACACCACCUGAGCCACACUCCAGCCACCCUCACACCCUCACUCCCCCACUUCCGGAAGUAGAGGAGGGGGAUGAGGAGGGGGCGAUAGGCGGGGAGGGGGAGGAUGGGGAGGAGUGUGGGGAAGGGGAAGGAGGGGAGGCGGCAACACCGAGUGCGGUGGAAGGGAGGGGUGCAAAAAAAAUGGUGGCUCAGGCUGUGCUAGGGGGGCUCAAGAAGGGGCUGAGGACGGGGUCGCAACUGGGGAAGAAGCUUGCUGCUGCCACUAUGAGCCCGCAGAG